GCAAGAAAACAGUUUCAAGUAUAAAGCAGAUUGUGAAAGUUUGUUUGAAGCAAGUUCUAUCUGAAAUAACCAAAGAAUUAAAAUGUCGCUAAUAUUGAGCAUGUUAGAUGAUUUGGAUCAUGAGAUGCAUAAUCCAUUCUAUGAUUUUGGUAUUGGAUUACAUCCUCAUCAUGUUCAACAUCAGCCGCGUCGUCACCAUGAUGCGAUUGCUGCACACGCCAUGCCAUUAGGCGUCUACAAUCGUCCUUUGGUACGUCGUAAUAUGCAACAAAAUGGCGGACCAGUAUCGACUAUCGGCAAAGAUGGUUUCCAAGUUUGCAUGGAUGUGGCUCAAUUCAAACCGAGCGAAUUAAACGUUAAAGUUGUCGACAAGCAUAUCAUUGUUGAAGGCAAGCAUGAAGAACGUGCGGAUAAUCAUGGUUAUAUUUCGCGUCAUUUCGUGCGUCGUUAUUCUUUACCCAAAGGGUAUGAUUCCGACAAAGUGGUUUCAACUUUAUCAUCUGAUGGUGUUCUAACAGUUAGUGUACCAAAACCACAGUUGGAGGAUAAAUCCAAAGAACGUGUAGUUCAUAUACAACAAACUGGACCAGCACAUUUAAAUGUCAAGUCGAAUUCUGAGGAAAAGGAUGAUGCUGCCGCUAAUGCUGCUAAUGGUGCAGAGAAGAAAUAAAUGAACUAAUUCAAAUUAAUUACAUUUUUCAUCCCACUAUGCACCAAUACAUUUUAAUUUUAAAAUUUAAUCACAUUUAACUUUUAUCAAUUAAAGCUACUAGACGGUCAAAGUUCCUGUUGUACAGAAACCUCGACUAAGUGUUGGUAGCUACAUCAUACAGUAUUCUCAAGAAAGGCAUUAGUAGAUGUAUAAGCACUUAAAAAAAAUAAAAUAAAAUUGAAAAUAUAAAA